AUGUUCUCCAAACAUUCGUUUCGCUUCAAAGCCUGCGUGGCUUUCGCUUUUCUCAUCAAUAUCUUCUUUCUAGCGAGUUAUGUUCGCCCUAAUAGUCUUCCAAGUUGGACGCCCUGGCGACAGCGCGACAACACUGCUGGAAACAGCACACUUGGAUUCGAAUCAAUUCUAGCCGUCGCUCCGAACGAAGUUCCGGAGAAGUUGAAGUGGCGGAAAGAAGGCCUUCUAAGGGCAGCCGGAUACACAGGCCUGGCCAUCGAGAUCCCACCUCAACCGAUCUGGACCGACGCGGAUACCGACCCUCUUAAAGAAGAAUGGCUGAAGCACAACGAGGUGGUCCGAGAGAACGGCGCCUACUCCUGGCUCGGGCACCUCAACGUCCUCAAUGUCGCCGCGACGCGCACCACUGCCUUGAUAUUAGAGGAUGAUGUUGAUUGGGACAUCGCUACUCGCGAGCACAUGCCCCCAAUCGCUCAGGGUAUACGGAACCUAACAGGAUACUCGCCCGCUAUAUCGCAAGUCGGCUCAGCGAUCCAGGACGUUCCUUUCGGCACCUCCUGGGACUUACUCUGGCUCGGACACUGUGGGGAUAAGAUGGCGGAGAAGCCACCGCCUGUCAUCUUGGACGACCCUUCUGUGCCGCCAUACUUCGAGAGUCUCUGGUCGGGCAUGAACAAGGACCCACAGCACAAGCGGAUCAUCGGCUGGUCGACAAAGCCUAUGUGCACGUUCGCAUACGCCAUUACUGCGCAAGCCGCGAAGAGACUACUCGAGCGCAACGACCACGGAUCGACCGACUUCGAUGUUUGGCUGCACAUACUUUGCAAGGGGUUUCUGAAGUGCGUCGGUGUCAAUCCGGAACUCUUCCACCACCACGAAAAGGCUGGAGCGAAGGAGAGCCUGAUCAAUGGGGAGAAUUCGAAAGAAACGCUCGAUAGGGCGAUGACAAAGAAUAUUUGGCAUUCCGCGAGGUGUAACAGCUUGACCGAAGGGGAGGAACUGGUUACUUGCAUGGGGCCGGCGCCGAAAGUUUGAGAGGAUACGGAGUAGAUGGAACAAGACGAAUGUAUGAUACCCCUUAUCCUUUGCUAUCAAUCCUAGCCAAACUGCUUCGUCGCUACGUCGGACCUUCACCCGGGACUUCUAAGUUUCCUCGGGGUACCACUCGCAGAACUUCCACCCUAAGAUCGAUGAUCAAACAAAUCAUCCGAGAUGCGACUAUUUCAAGCCCUUCUCGAUAUCAGGUUCUUACUCACAUAGCAAGGGACGUGCGCCUCGUCACCCUGGUCCCAUCAGUUCCUGGGUUCAUGGUGCUUACAAUCCUUGGCCCCCCCCAAAUUAUGGAUCGAGCUAAGUACUGUACUCCGGCC